GUCAUUGUCAUAAUGUCUUAUUUGUCAUCGAAUGGAUUGUUUUCUUUCAGUUCAGUCAUGUUUGUCAUGUUUUUCAUUUAAAUUUCUCGCGGUUAAUUUUGUUGUUUUUUAUUUCGUGAAGCGACUAUGUUUUCAAUUCUGAGAUUCAUUAAUUCUUUAAAAAGUGCUGGAAGGAUUCAUUUGAAUCGAUAUGCGACUUCACACACAUCUGAGAUCAGGAUAUAUGAAGUUGGACCUAGAGAUGGCCUACAGAAUGAGUCUAAAUUUGUACCCACUGAUAUAAAACUUCAGUUGAUAGACAAAUUAGCUGCAGCGGGUUUAAGGGAUAUAGAAUCAGCUAGUUUUGUCAGUCCAAAAUGGGUUAAACAGAUGAGUGAUGGUGCAGAGGUUAUGAAGAAGCUAAAUAGAGUGCCAGGUGUCAAUUACCCAGUUUUAGUCCCAAAUCUGAAGGGCUAUGGAAUUGCUAAAGAAUGCAAUGUGGAUGAAGUGGCCAUUUUUCCGGCUGGCUCAGAGGGCUUCUCUCAAAAGAAUUUAAACUGUUCAGUGGAAGAAGGCUUGAGGCGAUUCAAAGAUGUGGCCGACCAAGCUGUGACGGAUGGCCUGCGAGUUCGAGGCUAUGUCUCAUGUGUAGUAGGGUGCCCUUAUGACGGACCAGUUAGCCCUAAAGUUAUUGCAAAGAUAACCGAAAAUCUUCUCGACAUGGGGUGUUACGAAGUGUCCCUCGGGGACACGAUAGGUGUGGGCACCGCCGGCUCUGUGCGCCGCCUGUUGAAGGAGGUUCUCUCAGCGGCGCCCCCUGAUAAACUCGCCCUUCACUUUCACGACACCUAUGGCCAGGGCCUCUCCAACUUACUGGCUGGACUGGAGUUUGGAAUAAAGACCGUGGACUCCUCCAUAUCGGGUCUCGGCGGGUGUCCGUACGCUCGAGGAGCAAGCGGCAACCUCGCCACUGAAGACCUCGUCUACUUCCUGUACGGGCUCGGCCUAAACACUAACAUAGAUCUGGUGAAACUGGUCGAAGCAGGCCGGUACAUCUCCAAUUUCCUAGGCAAACCUACAGAAUCCAGAGUAAAUAGGGCUCUGGGAGAUAAGUUCAAAGAUAGCAAACAAAUUGUCAGAAUGGCCGAAUGUGAUCUCUGAUUUGUAAAGAUGUUUUAGUUUAAGUGUAAAUGAAGGUACUCUAUACUACACAUAUCAUAAUAUAUAUAUACGUGAUUGUUAUUUAUUAUUUAAUAUUGAUAUUUUUUUAAAUUUUAUUUUUAUUUGUGACUUUAAAACAGGGAUAAAUAAAU